AUGGCGCUCGAAUCCGCAAUCCCAGAAUGGCUCAAGAAAGAUCGAACAGUACCGGCAAGAAUGCCCCCAAACUUCGAACCUGCCUUCGAUCUAUACACAACGCGAUUUCCGAAGCAAAUCAAAGAUGUUGUCAUGGCCGUCAUUGGCGCCCAGUACCCAUCCGCGGAGAUGAGCGACGGCAACGCCCUCAAGACAAUAUCCUCUUUCCUCGCUCCAGAUGCGGUCGACCUCAAUAUGUGUCCCGCGUUUCACGAAGUUGCUGCCGUAAUCGACAAUCGCGGCUUCUACAACGUUGCGGUCUUGGCAUACUGGCCCAGCACGCAAGCUUAUGAGGACUGGUGCACGAAAAGCGGCUUCCGUAAGUGGUGGGCUGAAACGAAGCCGGGAGAGAACCCUCAGCACGGAUGGUUUCUGGAAGUGUUUCUUCCGACCGUCGACCGUUUGGAGACUGUGUUUACUACAGCGGUCCAAGAAGGCGCAUCUCACAUGCGGGAAAGUGUUAGUGGCCCAAUUCGAGAGCACGUCUACUGGGGAAGCAUGCGGGAUCGCCUCCCUGUUUCUCAGACCGAUGGACUCCUUGGUGAGGCAAGAAAAAGCAAUGCUAUGGACUUACCAAACGGCGACGUGAACCUACUACAGCGAGUCCGCAUACCCGGCAAAAAGAACCUCGUCGUAAUUCGAUCCGGACAGGACUGGUCGGCGGCACUUCCGGAAGAACGACUGCUGUACUCUAACUCGAUGCAGCCCCCUCUCAUCGAGGGAAUGGAGUUUCUACGUGACCAUGGCGAUGAAGUCGGAUGCUUCAGCUGUCGGUUCAUGGAAAUUGUCGACCCUAUCACAGCAGAGGGUGGGGCGGAUCGAACUUUUGCUUUGGCGUACUUUGAUGAUCUUGCUUCACUGGAGCGUUGGAGCAAAGAGCACAAGACGCACCUGGCCAUCUUUGGCGAGUUUGCAAAGUACGCAAAGAGCUUGGGCGACAAAAUGAGUUUGAGCCUGUUUCACGAAGUUCUGGUGCUUGAACCGGAGCAGCAAGUUUUUGAGUACAUAGGCUGCCAUCAAGGAACUGGGAUGCUAAGCUCAUUAUAA